CGUUGCAUCCCCACAUCGAGAAGAAAGGCGCUGCUGCUCUUAUUCUCUGCAGUCGCACCUGCAGAUAACAGACCGUACUGUACUGUACCUUCCCUAGGUUCAACUACCAAACGUAGUUGGAUCCAUUGGGCCUGUCAUCGAUUUGGGAAAGAGCCAUCUUUGCCCGCUUCCGCCUCAUCUGAUCUCAGCUGAGCUUCUCCCGCGCCUUCCAAUUAUCUAUCGUUGCUUGCUGCACCUCGCCCAGCUUGCUCUUUCCUCCUCUACAUCUACAUACCCGAGGCUCACGCGAUCCCAUCUCGUCGCCCAUAGAAUUCAACCUCCACAUUCUAUUGUAUUCGUUCUCGCCCUUCUCGACUUUUACUCCUUUCGCUCUAUGUCUCUGCAGUAUUGGAGCUUUCGUACACUCGAUCAAUCUCCGGCUCGUCUUGCUCUCGGUCCUUGAGCGCUCCCGCUCAGUCGCAUUCCUCACCGUCGCCCAUCUCCGAUAAUACCCAUUCCACUUACAUCACCACUCCCACAAACCAACGCCCACCAUGCCUUCUCGAACCAACGGCGUCGGAGUCCAGGUCGAGGACACCAAGAUCUGUGUGGUCAUGGUUGGCCUGCCUGCCCGAGGCAAGAGCUACAUCGCCCAACGAGCCCAGCGAUAUCUGCAAUGGCUCUCCAUCCCAGCUCAGACCUUCAACGUUGGCAACUACCGCCGCAAUGACGCCCCUCAACCCAAGGCCGACUUCUUCGACACAAACAAUCCCGAGGGAGAGCGAAAGCGCCGUGCCGCCGCCGAGGCUGCCGUUGCCGACAUGCUCGCCUGGUUCCGCACUGGAGGCACCGUCGGCAUUCUCGACGCCACCAACUCGACCCUGGAGCGCCGCAAGUGGGUGCUAGAGGUCUGCAAUGCUAACGGCAUCGAGGUUCUCUUUGUCGAGAGCAAGUGUGAUGACGAGGAGCUCAUCAUGGCCAAUAUCCGCGACGUCAAGACUGGUAGCCCCGAUUAUCGCGGCCAGGAUCCCGAGACUGCUGCCCUCGACUUCCGCAACCGCAUCCGCAACUACGAAAAGGUUUACUGCACAAUUGACGCCAACGGCGAGGAGGCCCACCUGACCUACCUCAAGAUCAUGAACGUUGGCAAGCAGGUCAUCAUCAGCCGUAUCCGGGACUACCUCCAGAGUCGAAUUGUCUACUACCUCAUGAACCUUCACAUCCGCCCCCGCUCUGUCUGGCUAUCAAGACACGGUGAAUCUCUGUACAACCUUGAUGGAAGAAUCGGCGGUGACACGCUCCUUUCUCCUCGUGGCGAGCAAUAUGCAAGGAAACUCCCUGAGCUCGUCCGAAAGUCGGUCGGAGAUGAUCGUCCUCUUACCGUGUGGACCUCGACUCUUCGACGAACCAUCGCCACGUCUCGCUUCCUCCCCCAGCACUACAACCAGCUCCAGUGGAAGGCCCUUGACGAGCUGGACUCUGGUGUGUGCGACGGUCUGACUUACCAAGAGAUCAAGGACCGAUAUCCCGAGGAUUUCGCUGCUCGUGAUGAAGACAAGUACAACUACCGCUACCGUGGCGGAGAGUCAUACCGCGAUGUCGUCAUCCGUCUUGAGCCUAUUAUUAUGGAACUGGAGCGAAGUGAAGACAUUCUCAUCGUCACUCACCAAGCUGUUCUGCGCUGCAUCUACGCCUACUUCAUGAAGAAGGACCAGUCUAAGAGCCCCUGGAUGAACGUUCCUCUCCACACCCUCAUCAAGCUGACCCCCGGCGCCUAUGGCACCGAAGAGGUUCGCUAUGAGGCCAACAUCCCCGCUGUCAGCACCUGGAGAGGCAAGGGAAGCACCGCCAAGCACGAGAACCCAGCCCCCGAGGUCCUGUAAGCCAAGAAAUGGCCAUAACCGAGGUAACCGGAUAAGGGCUCCCGACUCGAGCCAUCAGUACAUAUAGCGCCCAGGGAGAUGAUCACAACGAGAUGAUCCUCUCUGGUGCCAGUGGAUGACACCUUUUUUACGAACUGAAAUGAGCAAGCAUGUGGAAUCGGUUGAGCUGAACGAAGAAACGACAAUAAAAAAUUGGAGGAGCAGAGCAUUCUAUGACUACCAGCGAAGGGGAAGGGAACUUCAGAGGUGAAUGCUAUCCUCUAGGACUAUGCCAUUGGGCUUCAGGACAUCAAAGCAUAGAUCCAUUUGGCCGUCACCAAACGAUACCUGGACGGUCCUGUACUGUACAAGAACGGAGGCGUUUUUGCCAUUUUGUCAAUUUGGGGCGAGGCUGGAUAAUGACUCUUGGGUCUUGAAAAUGAUAUCAAUUGAUGAAUAAAUUCAAACAAUUUG